AUGUCUGACAACGAAGAUCCUUAUGCCGUCAGCUCGGGUUCCGAAGAUGAAGAUCAAAGGAAACCGCCACCAAAGAUUCAGAUUGAAGGCCGUACUGGGGAUUUGAACAAGAUUGUAAGUUUCAAAACAUAAUCUUGAGGAAGGUAAUGUACAUAUACAUUUACUGUCCAUAACCUUAUAAUACUAUGUGUUUGUAGAAAGAAAACCUAUCGAAACCAGAAGGAAAUGUAAAGGAUGAAGAGCGACAGAAAGAGAUAGAAGCACUGAAAGAAGCCAAGAAAGAAGAUAUGGCUAAGAUGAAGCAAGACUUCGAAGCCGGAAAGUCAUCGCUACAAAAAGAUGAAGCCGAUCGCAAAGUUUCUCUAGAAGGUAAGUUUUCGGGAGAUAUUAUUACGGUCGUAUGAACACGAUUACUUUCAUUGUAGACGUAUUUCCGAGUGUCAUACGAAGACAUCUUUUGUCAUUUGUUAGAGUAGUUAUUGUUAGCUAAUUACAUUGUGUUUACCUUGCAAUGUUUCGUAAGUUUACUUUAGAAUUUUGCAUAUUUGAAUAUUACAUUAGUUGUUUAACGAUAAUAUCGUACUAGAAGAGUCUUAGUAAUAGUAAUAUUGGACUAAAACACACUUCAAUACUAAUAAUAUAAUAGUACAAUAAUAUUUUUAAUAAAAAAUGGCCUGUCAUUGUAAUAUUGAUCAUGCUACAAGAAUUUAACAAAACCAUGUGAUAACAAUACCUUCAGGCGUCGGAAAAGAUACCUUAUCGUCAAUUCGGAAUCUGAUCGAAAGCGGCGGAGAAACCAAAGCUUUUGAAUCCGAACAGAGGAAAGAAGUGGAAAGUCUUCUGAAGAGCGAAGGAGAACGGAAGAAAAUGCUCGCUGCUUUCAUGGAGGUAAAACCAGUACUAAUGUACUAUAAUUACAUAUAUUACGGCUGUAAUACAUAGGACUCAUUGUGCUUCAUUUGGAAUAUAUAAAAAGAUAGUACCGAGUAAAGAAGAAGUACAUUAAGAUGUUGUUUUGUUUUAGGAAGCGGCCAAAGAACCUUCAAACGACUGUCACAUUUGUGGAAAGAUUGUUUAUAAUGUUGAACGUAUCAUUGCGGCCAAGAAAGUCUACCACAACACUUGUUUUACUUGCUGUAAAUGCUCAAAGAAGUUGACGUAAGUUCACAUUCUAAAGCUAACAUUGAGCCAUGAUCUUCGAUUCUCUAACAUGUAAAUUAAAUUAAAAAGUCUUCAAUUUUAUGGCUUUUCAUAUAAAAAAUGACUUUUUAGUCCAACAACGUUCAACCACCACGAUGGUGAUCUGUAUUGUCGUGCCCACUACCAAGAAGCUCUUCAUCCUGAACAAGUCGGAGUUGUGGUCGACGAAGAAGACGAUCAGCCAGAUGACGACGAUGAGUUUUCAUUGGUUUCAAAGCCAAAGAAGUUGGCUGAUGGUGUUGUCAGAUGUGAGUUCAUUUAAAUGAUAGUUGUUACACUUAUAAUUACAACACGUAAUAGCGUGAAAUACCUUGAACUGAACUUAAAAAACGGUCUGUAGAGAAAACAAGGCCUACUAUAACAUAUUACAGUUUCCUUUUAAGCUGAACAAACCACAAACAUUGGUGAUGAACUAGCCCAGCUGAAGUCUUUGAGAGAAAAGAAGGCUGAACUAGAACAAUCAGCAGCUGAAGCUCAGAAGGUGGAAAAGAAACUGACACCAGCUGAAGAGAUCGCUGCCGGACGGGUCAAGGAAAACAGGGGAAAAGUAAGUAUAAUGUAAAUAAGCCAAUAAAUUGGGUUAUACAGGCAAAAAAAGCAAGUGUUAAAAUUUUGUUUGGGGAAGUUUUUUAGUUUUUUGUUUUAUCGGCUAAAAAACGGGUUUCAACAAUUGAUUCGAUAAAAAAUAAUUUUUUUUUAUUAUUUGGUAAAAAAUAGGAUGGAAUGCUUUUUAUGGUAUUUUCUUUCUCUUUAUUUAAUGACCAGCAUGUUCUGAUUAUAUCUCUCUCCCACUUUAGAAUCGCGACAAGCGGUGAAACUGACGAAGAAAGAGCGGCGGCUGAAGCAGCUGAACGUCAGAAGGAAAUCGACGCUAUCAAGGGAUCAGUCCACAAUGUCAAGAACAAGUGGAAGACAGGCGACGUGGAGACGGCCGAAAGCAAGGAAUCUGAAGCUAAAUCAGAACUUGAGGCUCUGAAAGGCCAAAAACUUUCAGAAAGAUUCAAAGAAGGAGCUGAAGAUCAUGAGGUUGUCAAGGCUUACGAUAAGUCGGAGCUGGACACUGCUGGUGAGUUCAUAUUAGUUAAAAGAAGUUAAAUUUAGGAUUUUGCUAUAUAUUUGUGUAUGUAAUAGUACCAAUCGUAUUUACAGCUAUUGCCAAUGCCAGAAAGUCGUUUUUGGAAGGAUCAGCUUAUCAGUCAGGACCGGUUGAGAAAACGGCUAUUGAUUUGGAAGAAAUUCGAAGAGGAAGUAAGUCAUUUUAUUUUAGCCCUAAUUAGAAAUGGCUUUCUAGUUAUUGCCUAUUUUUACUUCAAUAGAAUAUUAUCUAUUUGACAAUUUUGUUAGCAAUUAUCUGUUAAAACCUCGAAAUAAAAGUAAUUUUGUCGUAUAACUUUAUUUACGACUCUCAGAGACAUAUGGCUCUGAUUUCGGCUUUAAAAUGAUCUCAUUGGCCAUUUUUACACUUUGGGGUUAGUCUGAAUAUUCAUUUCUUUAAAAGUGUAAUAUUUAUUGUAAAUAGGCUUUUUUACUCAACUUUUAAUACUAUUUCUGCCAUUUUAUUUCGAUUUUUGGAGUUUAAAGUACACGUCGAUUGUUGUCAAAACAACGAUUGUUUUGUUUUAGCCGCCAGCUCGUUCAAGGAUCGUUUCGAGAAGGGACUGGAGACGGACUACGAGAAGACAGCCGUCGACUUGGACGUUCAGUUGGGUGAUAUCAAGAGUCAGUUGAGUAAACUGAAGUCAGAAGACCAGAUGACUCCAGAAGAACGGGCGGACAAGAAGAAGAAGGAGAUCGAAGAGGAAUUCCUUCGCUACAAGUUGGCUAGAAAGCUGAGGGAGAAGAAGAAUAAUGGUGAAGAAGUAGAAGUGCCACAAGAAGAAGCUGUAGGACUUGAUGUUGAGAUCAAGAUGGCUGGAAAGGCGAGGAAGAAGUUUGAGGAGAUCGACAGUAAUGCUACGCCAAUCUUCCCUAAACAGGUACGUUUUUUGAAAAAGUUUAAGAUUUUUAUUUGAUAAACUUUAAAAUGACAUCCUUUUACGUCAUUUACCUUAUGUAUUAUUAUGCAAAAGUGAAUUGAUGUCUAAUAUUCAAAAUAUUGACAUUUUUGAAUUUUAGUCAGAAUCCAAAUCUUCGUCCAAAUGGGACAAACAGCAUGAACCAACGGCGGAAGUUGUCAAUCGUCGCCAACAGCAAGAUUCAGACGAAGAGGACGAGGAUCCAGAUGCUUUCGACGUGAAGAAUCUGAUGAACAAGUUCAAAAACUUGGCCGAAUUGGCUCCAGCAAGAAUCGAAAAGAAGCUGGAUGACCUGGAACAGCUACGUUUAGAAGCCAGGAAUCUGAGAGAGAAGUUUGAGAAGCAAGACGACGGGUUGGACGAAGAGACAGAAGAGAAAAAGAGACAGUUACAGGAAGAGUUCGAGCACCUCAAGGGUAAGAAUGACGUUUAUCAACUUAUUUUUCUAUAUUUCUAAUGUAAACUCUUCGUAUUUUAAAUUUGGAUAUAAACUGAUCAGUAUCUUGUUUAAAGCUACUGGUAAAUUUUUAAAAGGAGGUGUCUAACUUUAAAUUUUCAGCCGAAAGACUACGUGCCAAAGAAGAGUUGGAAGCUGAAAGAGCUGCCGCAGCUGCUGAAGAUGAUGCUGAUAAGGAUGAUGUGCAAGUAGCUGCUGACCAUGCUUCCAAAAUGGCAGCCAAAUGGGAAAAGAUCAAUAAGAAAGAGGCCAAGAAGGCCGAACGGUCCAAAAUGCCGGCCAAGGUCAGCUAUUGUGGAGUGCAGGGUUUGGUCAAGAGUUUCGAGACCUUUACUAACAACCGGUUGCCUUUGAAGUGA